ACUGGGUUAGGGUUUUCUUCAUUAAAAUAUAUUGAGAUUCUCCUUUUGACUGGUUAGGGUUUUUCUUCAUUAGAAUAUUCAAUGGAAGAAGAAACGGUUUCAAUGGAGUUGAGACACGCCGAGUUCAGUCAACACUCCAUCCGAGAGACUCUCGAUGAACUCCACAACAAAGCCUCGUCGGUUCUUCUUUUCACGCUUCAAUGGAAGGAUCUCGAACAACACUUUGUUCGAAUUCGGGACUCAAUCGAGUCUGGGGCCAGAGAAGUUCAAACGAUCAAGGAUUCUCUCAAUGUGGCUCUUGAAUCAAUCGAUUUGCGCCUCCAAGAGGUGGAAGCCAAAGAGAAAGAACUCGAGCGGAUUAAGGAGGCUGUUGAGGAGAGAUUUCGCCAGAUUGAAGUUUUAGAAACGGAGUUUGGUUUGAAACGGAGGAGAGAUGUUGAGGAGAGAAGUAGAGAGAUUGAGAGGACGGAGGAGUCGGCGAGAGAGGUUGAUAAGGCGAUGAUGGAGGUUGAGGAGAAGUUGGGAGAGACUGGAGGUAAGGAGGAGAGGCUUCAGGGUAUAAGUAAAACAAUAGAGGAGCGAUGUGGGGAGAUGAAGGGGAUUGAGAGUGAUAUGAAGGAGAGAAUGGGAGAGUUUGAGGUCAAAGAGAAGGAAUUUGAGGAUAGAGUGAGAGAGUUUGGGUUGAUUCAAAAGAGAUUUGAAGAGAGGAGCCGAGUUCAUGAACAGAAGGAGCAGCAGUAUGAAAAGAGAUUGAAAGAAUUGGAAUCAAAAGAGAAGCAAUUUGAGGAGCGAUGUCAAGACCUUGAAUUGAAAGAGAAACAAUUUGAAAAGCGGUGUAAAGCAUUUAAAGCGAAGGAGGAACCAAUUGGAGAAUCUAAAUCGAUAAAUAGAAAAUUUGCUGAGUCACCUGAACCUGGUAACAGGGAUAUGAACAGCAUAGAUGGUUCCAUGGAUGCCAAUCUUCAUUUUUAUGUCACUAUGGAUGGAAAGGCCUUGCAGAUAUUUCUAAACGAGCGCUGGAAGGAGCAUGAUGUGAUGCGGAGUGAAGUAUUUGUUGCUCUUCAGAUGUCUUCUAACCCAGCAAAGCUUGUUUUAGAUGCAAUGCAAGGGUUUUACCCUCCGCAUUUAAAAAAGGAAGGUAAAGAGUUUGAAGGGAAUGUUGUUAUGCAGAGCUGCAUUCUGUUAUUGGAGCAAUUGAUGGAAAUUUCACCUCCAAUCAGACCCAACUUGAGGGAAGAAGCAAUGCAACUUGCAUUUGAUUGGAUCACCAAAAUGAGGGUGGAUGUGGAGCAUUCUUCACAGGUUUUAGGAUUUUUGCUGCUUUUGACUUCUUACGGGUUGGCCUCUGCAUUUGAUUCUGAUGAACUCUUAUCAUAUAUGGAGAUUGUUUCUCAACAUAGUCAGGCUCCUGAAUUACUGCGUGUCCUUGGACUUACUGAUAAGAUCCCUGUUGCCUCUACAUCAGCUUCCACCCUUGUCCCCUCCCAGACAAUUAGUCCAGCCUCUGACCCUCUGUCCAAGGCUCCAUUGCAGCAUCAGAGCAGUAGCAAUUGUCCUGGGAAUGUUGAUACAGACGAAGAUCCUCUGAAUUUGAUAGGCGGUACUGUGUCUUCUGUUCCCUCAGUUCAACCAACUUGCCUGCCACCAACAAUCUUAUCUACUGGCCAAGAUCCUUCCCAUCUAAAGAUUGUGCAACCAACUCCCUGCAAUUCACGUUCAGACAGCACUUUGACUCUUUCAUCCCCAACUUCUGAACCUGAGCCUAAUUAUUUUCCAGUUGACGUGGAGGGAAAGGGUUUGAGAUUGAUACUUAGUGAGAAAGAAAAUGACGAUUUAACACGUGACAAAGUUUCUGCCGCUCUUCAACAUUCAGUAGAUCCUGCUAAGCUUGUUUUGGAUGUGGUAAAGGGCGAGGGCUUUAAGUUUGAUGUUUCUAAAGAGCGUUGCAUUUUAUUGUUGGAGCAGUUAAGGAAACUCUCUCCUCUGAUUAAGCCCCAUGUGAAAGAAGAAGCCCUGAAAUUUGCUAAUAGCUGGAAAGAAAAUUUGCUAAAACAGGAUCAAUUGGAGGUUGUAUGUGUUCUACAUUUUUUAGCUACGUAUGGGUUGGCCUCUUCUGUCAAUGGGAAUGAGCUUCUUGGCCCCUUAGGUGCUGGAUUUUGGGUUAAAAUGGGCCCUAAUUUACGUGAAGUCAUUGGGUUGGCUGAUUUGACCGAAAAUUAUAUCCGAAGUCUUAUUGAAAAGAAUCAGCGGCUUGAGGCAAUUAAAGUAAUCCAUGCUGUAGAGAUGAUUGACAAGUUCCCUCUUGUAAUCAUGCUGAAGGAUCAUUUGAACUACAUCAAGAAUAAGGCCAAGAUAUCAUGCAAGACGAGAAAGAUAGCUGGGGCCAUAAACAAUCAGAUAUCUCAACUAAGAGAUGUGACAAAAUGUAUUUUGCAGUACAAACUUGAAUCUCAAAUCUCAGUUAAGGCCGUUGAAGAACAAAUCCUGCAGCUGGAGAAGCAAAUAGCCAAGGAACCGCAGGAUCUUGAAGAAUCUAAACUCAAACGUGAAGCGUCUACUAAAUCUGAAUCACUGCAGAAGAAAUGUAAGCAGCAGCAGUCUACUGCCUCCACCACUGCCCCUGUUGUCUCAUCUACCUCUGGCCCUCCCUCCAUUACUGCAUCCGCUUCUACUAUCAGACGGCUUAAGUUGAGACAAAAAAAGAGGAAGAAAAGUAAGUAUCCUUGUCCAACUCCAUCACAGCAUUCCCAGCUCCCAGCAGGUCAAACUCCAUCGCAUCCUCACCUGUGGCAUGCAGGUGGAGCUCCCCCACAUAAUUACCAUCAUCCAGCAGGUCCGUUUGGUUAUGCUGGUACAUCAGACUGGGAGAGAUCAGCCAGACCCCAUAAUUUUCCAGUAAAUGUGCAUCCAAGGUCCUAUUAUGAGCACGUCAGGCCUCAUUGUCCCCAGAAUGGAACGAGGGUACCCAGUCCUGACAUGCUCCUGCCGUUUGGGAGGUUCUAGGGAUGCACCUCACAAUAACUAGUCUCUCUGUCCUCUCUCUCUCUCUCUCUCUUCAUAAAGUCAUUAGCAGCACUCACUGUCUUCGGAUUUUAAUCCCGGAUUAUCCUUUUGGAAGAUGUCACUGUCUCUAAGGAUUAGCUUGUCUAUAAAAUCAUUAUAUGUACAGUGUAGCAUUAGCUGCAUAAUUUUGAGUGUUAAUGAAUUUUCUUCCUUGUGAUGGA